AUUAUAACAGAAAACGCUUAAGUGUUUUACAGUGGGUAUUUUCGUUUACUGAGUGUAAAGAGGAAAAACCAUAGAAAAAUUAAGAUAUUUUCAUUGCAUUUGCUUGUAUAAAUAAAUUUUAACUGAUAAAUACAAAAAUUACAAUAAUCUAAGCAAAAGAAUUGCUUGAUGCCGGCAGAUUAUCAAAGUCGCAAUAGCCAAAUAAUCGAUAAAAAGUAAACAAAUUACAUGAAUUGAAAACGGACGAAAAAUAAAUAAAAAACUAAACACCUAAAACAUAAUUACAAAAUGGAUAACAAACAAGAAAGCACAAAUGCAACAAUCCAUGAGACGAUUGCGAAUGAGAAUGUGGAGAAUGCUGCUGAGGAGUCGGCGGCACCUUUGCUGCCCAAACCAACCAAUGCCGAGGAAGUGAAUGAUGUAAAUAAUGCUAUCCCACUCGCCAGCAAAACAACAACAACAACAGCAACCACUAAAAAGAAAAACAAGGCAAAAGGCCGCAAUUCGGUGGUUGUCACCGAUUUGGACGCCGAGUUGAAGAAACUAACGCACCGCAGAAUAAAUGUUGCCGGUGCCCCAAAAAUGCCACUAAAUGCAUAUGUCCGCUUCAUGAACGAUCGUCGGGAGGAGCUGCGACGCGAAUAUCCAAAUCGCUCGGCGCUGGAGCACACGAAAAUGAUUGGCGAGGAGUGGCACCUGUUGACCGAGGAGCGCAAGGGUGCCUACAUGGAGGCGGCUGCCAAGGAUAAAGCUCUGUAUCAGGAACAAAUGCACAAAUUCCUCAAGGAGCAUCCGGAAAUUGUGGCCAAUGAGUUGGCCAAGGCGAAGAAGGUAUUCGACAACAAAAAUGCCAGCACGCCCAAGGAGAAGGCCACCAACACAACCAAUAACAACAACAGCAUUACCAGCAGUAAUCAUGAAGUCGUCAACUCUGCAUCGAAAAAAUCCAAUGUGAAAGCCAACGUGAACAAACAGCAACAACAACAAAGCACAUCGACACCUGAUCCGGAUGAUAUACCACUGGCCCAAGUGAAACGCACUCCGACACCGCCAUCUGUUAACUCCUAUAGUUUGCAGCCACGUCCAUUUGCCGCCGGAGAGAUACCCAUCUACACGCACGAGUUCAUCGAGCAUAAUCGAAGCACGGAGAAUGAGUUGCGCACGCUGCGCAAGACCAAAACGGAUUUGGAGCAGCAGAACGCUGUGUUGGAGCAGCAUGUGGACAACACAAAGACCGGCAACGCCAAAUUGAUGGGUGAAGUCUCUGAGCUCAAGGAGGAGAACGCUCGCCUAACCGCAUACAUUAAGAAUCUGCGGCAGAAGAUUGUCAGCGCCUUGGGUGGAAUUGCGUUGCCACCGGUCCAUUCGAGCGGACUCAGCGUGGACAAUGUGGACAAGUACAUACAGCACUUGGCUGGCAUGAUCAGUUCCUCGACUACCGGCGAGCAGCAGCAGAACAAUGCCAUGCUGCUCAAGGUGGGCGAUCUGCUGUGCAAAAUGGACACCACAUCCUUGCAGAAGCCAUCUUAAGGAUCAUUAGUUUAGUUAUAAGUACAUUCUCUGUACACAUUUCCAUGUGUUCCGUGUAUAUUUAUUUGUCGAUUAAAUUUUAUGAAUCAAACCCAA